AUGAGUGAAAAAGAUGUUUGCAAUUUUGCUGCAAGAAAGUUCAAUCGGAAGAAUAAUCGAAGAGUCUCUACUAAAUCAAGUUCUAGUGGUAAGAUUAUUUUUUGUAACGAGAAAGAUGGAGAUUCAACUGCAACUUCUUGUAAAACCAAAAAAAUUCGGCUUGUAGAGAACGAUCUCAUCCAAAGUAACACAGAGAAUAUGAAUGACGGUGUGUACCGUGGAUUGAACAAUUAUCAACACUUUUAUAAGAAAACUAACGAACUUUCAGGAAAUGCUGCCAGCAAUCAUGUCCGUAAAGGACCAAUGAGGGCCCCUACAAACAUUCGUUCUAUAGUUCGAUGGGACUAUCAUCCUGAUUUGUGUAAAGAUUAUAAAGAAACUGGAUUUUGUGGAUUUGGAGGUUCAGAAACUAUUUUAAAUGCCAGACAGCUCUUAGGUAUCCAGGAAUUUUAUGAUUGA